UAAACCACGUAUCACGUUGAAUGGCCACUUCAAACCAUCCAUCAGCUGCAACCAUGAUGAAGUCCUCCAGCGCCAUAUUGAUGCUAGCUGUGGUUGGUGGGGUUCUACAAGGGACCAGCAGUGUUCCCAUCAAACCUUGUGUUCCCAAGUCAACAUGUUCCUGUGUUAACGCUGACGGGUUAAUAGAUCUUCACCCACUUGGAAACAACGAUGGGACACCCAGAUUCCGGGACAUCCCCGACCCCGACGGAAAGACGUUCUACUCCUGGAACCCCUGCUAUGGUUUUGACGAGGCUGGAUGCCGGGAUGUUGCUAUGUGUCAGAUAAAGGAUAACGGUGCCACCAGUCAGAGCCUGGGCAACCAGUCUAGUCUGGUGUUCGUGGCUUCCUCUCUGUACGGCCAGGUGUAUCAGUACACCAACUGGGGAGGGGCUAACUUUUCCGGUAACGUGAUCCUAACAUGUGACGCAGGUGAAGAAGGCGUUGUGACCAGACGCCCGGAUGCAGAUUUUCUCAGCGAGUUUUACCUUGAACUGAGAAGCAAGUACGCAUGCCCACAGAAGAUCAACGCCAGUACCUCAUUUCAACCUACGGUCUCCACGACAAGGCGUCAAAGGCCGACAACUCCAGCCUUUAUCGGAACAGCGAAAACCCCGUCACCACCUACCACGACCAUGGAACCUCUGUUUGACAUGAAUUCCCUCGGGGCUUUAAUGAUUGUUGUUUUGGCAGUGCUGACUCUCCUGGUUACAGUGAUGUUGAUGAUGAUAUUUUACAUCUUCUUCCGUCUCGGCAACGUGACGACGACUGUUGCACGACUCAACUCACCAACGCACGACUACGGGAGUAACUCUUACUCGAAAGCGAAUGACAAGCAGAGGCUGGUUACACCUUGAGACUGCACUGCGCAUGUAUCUGUUAUGUCGAGAAAUGAGAAGUUAACAAAUAAAGACAAAGGAUUCUUGUUA